CAAAUCUUUUAUAUAUAUAUUAGAGGUAGCAAACUUUAUGACCCUCUAUAGCAAACACUAUACUUAGCUAAGUAUUAAUUAGCGAGCCGCGAAAAAGGAAGAGCUACAAAUGGAGGGGUUUUACUCGAGUUUUGGACAUGGGCUAAUGAGCACAUUGUGGGAGCAAGUGAGGGAGCCAUUGAUUGUACCGUUUAUGAGAAUUAUGGUGACAAUGUGCUUGGCCAUGUCGGUUAUGCUAUUUGUGGAACGUGUUUAUAUGGGAAUCGUAAUUGUUGUCAUUAAGUUGAUGAGAUAUAAGCUCGAGAAAAGGUACAAAUGGGAGGCGAUUAAGGAAGAUUUGGAGAUUGGUAACUCGGCUUACCCUAUGGUUUUAGUACAAAUACCAAUGUAUAACGAAAAAGAAGUCUAUCAACUUUCUAUAGGGGCAGCAUGCGGGCUCUCAUGGCCGUCUGAUCGAAUCAUAAUUCAAGUUCUUGAUGAUUCAACUGACCCGGUCAUUAAGGAUUUAGUAGAGUUGGAAUGCAAGAGAUGGGCAGGGAAAGGAAUUAACAUAAAGUAUGAAAUUAGAGACAAUAGAAAUGGAUACAAAGCUGGUGCUUUGAAACAAGGCAUGAAACAUUCGUAUGUGAAGCAAUGUGAGUUUGUGGCCAUAUUUGAUGCUGAUUUCCAGCCUGACCCGGAUUUCCUUUGGCGCACCAUCCCAUUCCUCGCACACAACCCUGAACUUGCCCUUGUUCAAGCUCGUUGGAAAUUCGUGAAUUCGGACGAGUGUUUAAUGACAAGAAUGCAAGAAAUGUCACUUGAUUACCAUUUUACUGUGGAACAAGAAGCAGGAUCUGCAACACAUGCAUUUUUUGGGUUCAAUGGAACCGCGGGUGUCUGGCGUAUUUCAGCUCUAAAUGAGGCUGGGGGAUGGAAGGACCGAACAACUGUGGAAGACAUGGACCUAGCUGUCCGUGUAAGCCUCAAAGGAUGGAAGUUUAUUUAUGUUGGUGAUCUCAAGGUAAAAAAUGAGUUACCAAGUACUUUCAAAGCAUAUCGUUAUCAACAACAUCGAUGGUCAUGUGGACCAGCUAACCUUUUUAAGAAGAUGGUCGUGGAAAUUGCAAGAAGCAAGAAAGUGACAUUGUUGAAGAAGUUUUACGUGAUAUACAGUUUCUUUUUUGUUAGAAAAAUCGUUGCACAUCUUGUUACGUUUAUCUUCUACUGUGUGGUAUUGCCCACAACAGUUUUCAUGCCAGAAGUACAAGUUCCAAAAUGGGGUGCCAUAUAUAUUCCAUCAAUCGUCUCUCUCCUAAAUGCAGUUGGGACUCCAAGGUCCUUUCACCUACUGGUUUUUUGGAUCCUUUUUGAGAAUGUCAUGUCUUUACAUCGGACUAAAGGAACGUUUAUUGGCCUUUUUGAGGCGGGUACAACAGUUAACCAAUGGGUUGUCACAAAGAAACUAGGAGAAGCUUCAAAACCUAAACAGGGCCAGAGAGCUACAAAGAAACCUCGAAUUCAAAUAGGAGAAAGUGUUUAUAUGCUCGAAAUCAUUGCUGGACUCUAUCUAUUCUUGUGUGGGUGCUAUGACUAUUCAUUUGGGAAGAACCAUUACUACAUAUACCUCUUCCUACAAUCUAUGGCUUUCUUCAUCGCAGGGUUUGGUUACAUUGGUGUUUUCAUCCCCAAUUCUUGAAACACUACUACUUUUUCUCAUCAAGUGACCAGGAAACAAACAUCUUGAAAUUGUCUAUUUGUUUUGUUGUUUCAAUUUUGUAACAAGGUAACAAGUCAUUCUUUCAGUAUACAGGUGCAUAAGCUCUUAAAAUGUGGUUGCAUUUUUAUCUUUUCACAUAAUAAUGAAAGUGGAAUGGGCCCAGGGAUAUAAUGAUUAUGUUAUGCUAUAGUUGUAAACUAAUGUCCAACUGGAGAGAAAAAUAUUCUUCACUUGUCCAUCAAUUUGGGCUUAUUAUAGGAGGCAUCUAAAAAGAGCAUAUUCCAUAACCAAAGGCAUUCAAAAGCACCUACCUCGACUUGUGUUUAGCUUACCAAGAGGA